GCGGUCCUCCAGGCAAGGGGGCACUAGUGCAGGACGGGGCUAGAGGGGCAGGCUUUGGGUUGCCAGGGAGCCGCCGGUACCCGACUUCCGUUUCUGACUACUGAGGCACGAGGAUCCGGUGUUUCAACCCAGCGGGAAAAUGCGGCCUUUGACUGAGGAGGAGACCCGUGUAAUGUUUGAGAAGAUAGCCAAAUACAUCGGGGAGAAUCUUCAGCUGCUGGUCGACAGGCCCGAUGGCACCUACUGUUUCAGGCUGCACAACGACCGGGUGUACUACGUGAGUGAGAAGAUUUUGAAGCUGGGCGCCAAUAUCUCCGGGGACAAGCUCGUAUCGCUGGGGACCUGCUUUGGAAAGUUCACUAAGACCCACAAGUUCCGUUUGCACAUUACAGCUCUGGAUUACCUUGCACCGUAUGCCAAGUAUAAAGUGUGGAUAAAGCCUGGAGCAGAGCAGUCCUUCCUGUAUGGAAACCAUGUGUUGAAAUCUGGUCUGGGUCGAAUCACUGAAAACACUUCUCAGUACCAGGGAGUGGUGGUGUACUCCAUGGCAGACAUCCCUUUGGGUUUUGGGGUAGCAGCAAAGUCCACACAAGACUGCAGGAAAGUAGACCCCAUGGCGAUUGUGGUAUUUCAUCAAGCAGACAUUGGGGAAUAUGUACGUCAUGAAGAGACAUUGACUUAAAAUGAAGUCAUCGCGAGAACUUAACAGCUGUGUGGAAGGGCCUAGCUUUGUUUCCUGUGUCUGUGCAGAUGCCUCCAUCAUGUUGAAUUUUGUCAGCACUGUGACCUCUACAGGGACUUCUUAGUGUAAUAUUCUCAUUAUCACUGACAAGUGCAGGCUCUUUCUUACUAUACAGAAAUGACUCAAAAGUGAGGUUUUAGAUCUUUGCAUUUGUGAUUUUUAUAUUUGAAUCAGAGGGCUCUUGUUCUGAGUAAUAGCUCCUAAAUUAUUGGAACUGAGGACAAGAAUAUAGUAUUAAUUGUUAUCUGUGAUAACACUGUUUUCCAGACUCAUGGUAAGAACACAAUGGAUUUUCUUUGUUAUUUAUUAAUAUCACAAAAGAUAGAUACUGCUAUAUAAGAAUAGUAGGCCAUGUCUGAGGUUUUAAGAUAUGAAUUUGGCUAAAAUAAUAAGUGCAAUUUAGUCAGCUGUUUUUCUAUACAGUAAAUGCUGUAUGGUAUAAGAAAAACUUGGAUUCGAAUCCCACUUCUGCCACUUAUCAGCUGUAUGACCAUGGGUAAGCUUCAUUUUCUUCUGUUUAAAAAAAAAAACUAAAAACCAGCUUUAGCCAUCAGCCUAAGAAUGUUUUUUAGGAUUAGGAAUCAUGAUUGU